AGCACGGAAAACAGUUGCAAGAUUUCCCAUUCCUAAACCUUACUUCUCAAUUCUAUAAAAAGGACAAUACAUUGCAAGAAGCAAAACAAAACAAAAAUGCAAAUUCAGACUAGGCAUGUCUUGGUGGUGGUGGUGGUGGUAAUGGUGGUUAUGAGCUCUUUCACUGUGGAGGGAGGAGGGAGAGGGAUAUACACAAAAGAUCAGAGGCUUCACCAUGUUCAGAAGGACAGAUCCGUCAUUCCAUCAGCAAGAGGAGUAGACAACCACCAUAACAUUCCAAGACAAAACUUUGACAAUUGGGGUGGCAACGGAGGAGGAGGCAGUGGUGGAGACGAUGGAACAGGUUUAUCAAGCACACCGAUUCUUCCAAUUCGAAUCGCUUCUCCACCGAAGGAGAAGACGGUGGAGGAGCCCAGUGUUGUCAUAUCCAGAAGAUUCUGUGCCGGAGAUUCGAAAGAGGGAGAGACUGGAGAAUCGAUGAGACAAUGGAUAUGAGAUUGGUGAAUCUGACCGAAAUUAAUUUAAACCGGGUCCUUUUUUUUACAUUAAUUUAAACCGGG